AUGCCAUCAAAAUCUCUUCUACCUUUGUGGUCUACGACUCCAAGAAUUGUCCAUAGAUCAAGAUGCUCACGCGAAUGAACGCUAGGCUGCGAACUGCGCCAAUUUGUUCCACCGCACACAAAUUUACAAGUCGACGGUGGCCCAAGACAGCCAUGGCUUAUGACUUAUGCUGUUGGAAAUAUUGAAGCCAUCAUAGUAUCAUGAUCAUCACAUUGCACUUAGGGUGCCUUGCUGGUAUCUUGGACGACCAAUACUGCCGAUGCGUGUCGAUGUUCUCGUAGAGCAUGUGGCGACACAUAUCUUCGCGCCUGAGGAUAAGCUGGACCGAAGCUUGGACCGCAAGAUGGGUGCCAGCAUAGCAUCUAUUGGCUCGCACUCCGCUGGGACCUUGUCAGCUGAUGUCCAGCGCAAGGUAAGCAAGACCAUAUGCGCCGGCUGUCAUGUUGCACUAGACGGCACAGCCGACCUGGUUAACGCGAAAUCUUUGCGAUUCACUUUGAGAUCGCUUGUCCAGCGGAUGGCGUUGAGAUGUGUAACCACAGAUCUUCGCAAGGACUUUCAUGGACCGCAUUGUAGGGCGAUGGCGGAUCCUAGCAGCGGCAAUACGAUACUUUGUCAGCUAUGUGAUGUGCUGGCCUUUUGUCCGCAGUGCGGUGCGAUGUUUCGUGUGUUGCGUGGUGCUUGUCGUGCCUGCGUGUCGUCGUCUUGCUCAUGGUGUGGCGCGGUAUUUCGUGUGUUGCGUCGUGCUCGUCGUGCCUGCAUGUCGUUCUCGUCGUCAGUCUUCUGCUGCUCAGCCUCUACCUCUGCCAGGCGCUCGUUGUGCCUCGAUUCUCGUUGCCAGUAGGCAACCGUUGCGUUGUUGGACGUCAUCACAUACGGCGACUUGCAGGUUCUUGGCACGAUGCUGAAAGAUGGCAAUGGAGAUCUAGUUCGCUUGUGCCCUGGCAAGCGACGGACAGUCUCAAUCAAGAUGACGGACUGCCUUCCUCAGCUCGGCAUGGUCGUGUUGUUUCCAGCAGACGGGAUUGCCUCGCGGGUCCUUGAGUAAGUCAUAUGCGUCCUUGUAGUGAUGAGCAGCGCCGAGAAUAGCAAUCCACUGCGUGUUGGUUGCCGCGUUUGUUGGCCACAGACACCGAACUUUGCGAGUGGAUCAACCAGC